UGAUAGUGAUGUUUCAAUUGUACACUUCAACAAUGUGUUGCCUGAAUUGUACUCUUCAUAUUUGCUGUGACAUGCAGAUGAGCAGAGUUUGUGAUUGAAAGUGAAAAAUUAAGAGUUCUGAUGAAAUUUCAUAUUUUGUGUGGUUGUUUUAGAAGAACUGGGACCAGUGAUAAGAAUAGCAAAAUAAUGAUCAUCGAGGAACUAAGUGUUAGUACUGCUGUGCAAUUAUGAUCUAAGGAUUCAGAAGGAUUCAACUUGAAAUUUUAUUCAAAAAUUUGUUUAAAUUGAUAAUUUCUAAUAUUUGUAUUAGCUAUUAUUUUUUUGAUCAUUUUCAAAAUCUCAAUAUGAUUUUAAAGGGUCAUUGACGCAAACAACAAUUAAAAAAAAUAUUUAAAAUUUAAUGAAAAGUUUGAAAAGUGUGAAGAAGUUUUUUAAUUAAAGUUGAAUUGGUGGAAGGAAACAAAGUGAUUUAUUUCAAUAAAGGAUGGCUCUUUUGUCAAAUCAUCAAGAUUAUCCAAUUUCCACUGAAAUAAUAACUAACACAUAUCCUACUACAACAAGAACCUAUGAUACAUUAUAUCCUUCUCCAUACAAUUCCCCUGAUUAUGACUCCAUUAAAGUUCCCUACGCAGAAAAUUACGGGAAUAAAGGUGAAUUAACUCCGCGAAAAGAAAGUGAAACGAUCGGUUAUGAGAAAGAAGUAGUCGUGAAAUAUUCGAGAACUCCAGAUUCGUACGAAAGAAGUUCUUUCAGUGUUUUGACACCUGUAACCCCGCAAAGAUACGAGCCUCAACACGUGAUAAGUCACACAGCUUCACCAAGUUCGAUACUACACGAAGACAGUUCCUUGGAAUAUCACUCACCGGCUUACUGUUACGAAACACCACCUCAGGAACAGAAGUUUCAAAUCCUCCAAACCGAGAAACCAAUGCGAAUGAACAUUGAACAACGAAGAAACUGUUGGGAACCUGUUACGUCUGCACAGAAACAGGUAUCACCAACCAAUAGCCCUCGAAGAGGAAGACGACGUUCCAGAGACAUACCACCAUCACCAAGCGUAUUAAAGCGUCGGCGUCUCGCGGCGAAUGCUCGUGAAAGACGUCGUAUGAAUGGAUUAAACGAUGCUUUUGAUAAAUUACGCGAAGUUGUACCAAGUCUUGGAGCAGAUCACAAAUUGAGUAAAUUCGAAACUCUUCAAAUGGCACAAACAUACAUCGCCGCUUUGUGUGAUCUUCUACAGAGACACGACGAGAAGUGGCAAUAAAUGCUUGUGUGAGAUUAUUACAAAAAUGUUAAUUAAAUGAUAUUAGAAGGUAGUAUUUAUGUAGAUAAGAAAUUUAAUAGGUAAUUAUCUUAUGGGUAGUAUGUGACAUUUUGGUACUCACCUGUGCCCUUUUUAAAUGUUUAUUAAUUUUUACAGCCUCGAAAAGAAUGGCAAUGACGAUUUAAAUUUAAUUUUAUAUUUCUAAAUUUUACAUUUUAUACUAUUUCCCUUUUGUUUAAAAACUGAUACUGUCAAGA